UUUGAAAAUCGAUUCCACCAAACACCAUGGCCACAAGUCUGCACAAGUCAAGGGAGAAGGCAGAAGACGAGUCGUCGAAGUCGAUUUUGCUUGGGAAUAAGGCUAGUGUAGUAGUGAUUGCCGUAGAGCCUAUUAUUUAGUUCCAUGUAACUAACUACUUGUACACGUAGUAUUUUGCUGAUAAAAAUUAAUAAUUCAUGAUGGCUGUACUGAGCUGAGCAUUAUCGUAUCAACAUAAACAGGCUCCAGCUUUGCAACACUGGUACUUAGUAAAUGCUGUGGGAAUGUGAUGAGUGGAAAACGAAGAUCUGAUUGCGGCCAGGACCCCGACUUCGUCCCUCCUUCCAGGAAGAAAUUCAAUCGGUCUCGUAGUCGAUCUGCUCCCGCCUCUCGAUCAGCAAGGCCAAGUACAUGCUCACCUGUAGCUGCUGUGUUGUUGCAGUCUGCAUCUGUAAGUGACUGGUCUAGUAGCACCACGUCCAGGAGUAUAUGCACCAGUAGUACUGCUACUUCUAAAGUCAAUAUGCUAGCUGCCGCUGGGUCCGCCCAUUCAGACACAGUCGCCCAGCAGUGCAAAGCAUACACGCAUUGUCCCGGAUGUCAAAUGCCGUUGGCAGAGCGCAUGGAUUCCUGGUGUGAUCGUCACGUGAGGGACUGUUUGGAUUUUCCUAGCCGUCCAUCUCAAGAAUGCCCCGAUGGUACGAACUGUUCCCAUUGCCUGCCAGGUCACUUUCGUAACUACAGUCACAAGAUCCUUGCUAGCCUGCGCAGUGGUGCAGCUGUACCUAAGCCUGCUCCUUCAACAAUAUUGGCAACAUCCGUUCCCAGCUCUGUGCAGACCAUGUGUUCAGUGCUGCCAUCUACCGGUAUGUCAUCCUCAUUAGCAACAUCAGUAGUACACAUUCCACCACGCUCUGCACCAGCAGUGACAUCACUGUCUUUACCCAUGCCUGCUGUAUCACAAGAUUCAGCUACAAGAUCAAGUGCCAGCGUUGUGGACGUCAUUGGCCCUUUGCCUGCGUCCCAGCCAAACAAAUCAAAGAAAUCUGGUCAACAGCGGCUUUCACAUGGAUCACAGCCAUCUGUUCCAUUGGUCCAGUCUAAACUGGUGAAUUUUGAGUUCAAACUCCCACCGCCGCCGCCAGCAACUAGUGCAUCUGUAGCGCCCCAGAGCAAGUUGAAAUCACCCGUGUAUGGCGGUCUGGGCACCACUGUACGUCGGCCCACUCCUAGCGCUGCUGGAUCCUCUACUGGGGCAACCUCCACUGUAUCAUCCUCCACUACUUUUAAUGCACGGCAGCAACCAUCUUCAGGCAGGGCAAUGGCAGCUACUGCUGCUGGUUCUAGCGGUGCAAGCAAUGUGACUGGGCAUGAAACUGAUGGCGCUGUCAUGUCUGCUGCUGGUGGAAAACGGAGGCGGAAGCAAUGCCCAUUUUACAAGUGGAUUCCUGAUACGUGCUUCACCGUUGAUGCAUUUUGCUAUGGUAGUGUGGAGGGCUGCAAGGCGUAUUUUCUCAGCCACUUCCAUUCCGACCACUACCAAGGACUGAACAAAAGCUUCUCUCAUCCGAUCUACUGUUCGAAGUCAACUGGUAACUUGUGCAUAAGUCAACUGCGCGUGUCACCAAAUCUCAUCCAGCCGCUGGCAAUGAAUGAGACCAGGAACAUUCAUGGUGUUCUUGUCACUCCUGUUGAUGCUAAUCACUGUCCGGGAUCAGUCAUAUUUAUUUUCCAGCUACCCAAUGGGAAGACUAUGCUCCACACUGGUGAUUUCCGGUCAUCCGACUCCGUUAUUCACAAUCCACAUCUGCGUGGACUGAGAUACGACACUAUCUAUCUUGAUACAACAUACCUUGAUCCCAAGUAUGACUUCCCACCUCAGGAUGCCUGUGUGGAAUUUGCUGUGCGCAAAGCGAAGGAAGCGCUUGCGAACAACCCGAAAACACUCAUUGUCAGUGGCACAUACUCAAUCGGCAAGGAGAGGGUGUUCCUCGCUGUUGCAGAGGCUCUGCAAAGCAAGGUUGCCGUGUCAGCCAAGAAGAAAGCUAUUCUAGAUCAACUGGAGUGGCCAGAGCUCACCAGUCGUUUGACAACGAAUUGGUCAGAGGCAAAGGUCCACGUUCUGCCCAUGAUGCAGAUAUCAUUCAAGGGUAUGGCAGCACACUUAGAACAACACCGCGCCCAGUACAACUGCAUCGUUGGCUUCCGACCCACUGGCUGGACACAGAGCAACAAGACAUCAGUUCAUGCCAGCGGCUCAGCAAUGCCUGAAAUCCUGCCUAGCUUUCGUGAUGGGAUGAUUUUGUACGGUAUCCCGUACAGUGAACACAGUAGCUUCUCGGAGUUAAAGCGAUUCAUUCAGCAUUUUCACCCGCGCAGCGUUCAACCGACUGUCAACGUGGGCUCGGCUGAAUCACGCGAUACCAUGCAGCGGUUUUUCAAUCAGUGGCUUGCUGCAUAGCUUCUUUUUUCCUCUACUUUUGCGUUGAUUUUCCCUUGUGCUAUGUCUCCCCUCUUACAAGUAUUUUUUGUUUUGUUUUAGUUCUGUGUUGCUGGUCAACUGUGUCCUGCUGUAGACUAUUUUCUUUUUCUUACUCUAAAUCAAUUAGGCGUCCUGCACGUGUACGAAUACUUCAAAGUACAUACAGUACUGGAUUAGGUUAGAGUGUUGUUCAUAGGUUGACUAGUGCAGGGUUUACUAUUUUUAUAUGUUCUAACAGUUUGAUUUCUUUGCUAAUUCUACUGUUCUAGUCGGCUAGUCCCGUGUACGUUGUAGAUGUUCUGAGAUUUCUGGAUAUUCUCAGCACAUAAUCAUAAUUAUCACUCUGAAGUAUUCGGUGAAGAUUCCAACAUUUUACUAACCAAGCAA